UUAAUGGUUGCAUUAAUGAGUCCGUGUUCCCUGGUUCUCCUGUGUUCAGGGGACUUUGUGGAGAGGCAGCUGUGCCGCGACGCCAUCCUCCCCAUGCCCGCCAUCUGUGAGGUGCCUUGCCCAAAGGACUGCGCCCUCAGCCCCUGGACGUCCUGGUCGCUGUGCUCCAACACCUGCUCUGGGAAGAACACGGAGGGCCGGCAGAUGAGGGCCCGCUCCAUCCUGGCCUACAACGCAGGAGAAGCCACUGCAAAGGUGGUGGCGUGGAUCACUGUGAUGCAGGGUUCCCCCUUGCUGUCCACGGUCCCGCUGAUCUUUGGGGGCAUCCAGUGUCCCAACGCCAGCUCCCUGCAGGAGGUGCGCAGCUGCAACGAGCACCCGUGCACCGUGUACCACUGGCAGACGGGGCCCUGGGGCCAGUGCAUCGAGGACGCCUCCAUCCCCACGGGCGCCGCCAACGGCAGCCGCGGCCGCGGGGGCGAGGACUCGGCCUGCUCCGUGGGCAUGCAGACGCGCAAGGUCAUCUGCGUCCGGGUCAACGUGGGCCAGGUGCCCCCCAAAAAGUGUCCGGAGAGCCUGCGCCCGGACACGGUGAGGCCCUGCCUGCUGCCCUGCCGGCGGGACUGCGUGGUCACGCCCUACAGCGACUGGAGCCCCUGUCCGUCCACCUGCCAAGCAGGAGGGAAGACCAAGAAGAAGCAGAGCAGGAGACGUCUCAUCGUCCAGCUGCCGGCCAACGGUGGGCAGGACUGCCCUGAUCUGCUCAGCCAGGAGAGGGACUGCGAGGGCCCGUCCGUCUGUCAGGGCUAUCGGUGGAAGACUCACAAGUGGCGGCGGUGCCAACUGGUGCCCUGGUCGGUGCGGCAGGACAGUCCCGGGGUGCAGGAGGCCUGCGGGGCGGGCCUGCAGGCUAGAGCCGUGUCAUGUCGUAAACAAGAUGGCGGCCAGGCGGACAUCGAGGAGUGUCUGAGGCUGGCCAGCCCCAUGCCGGAGCUCACCCAGCCCUGUCAGAACCCCUGCCAGGAGGACUGCCAGCUCACCGCCUGGUCCAAGUUCUCCGCCUGCACCGCCGACUGCGUGGGGGUCCGCACGCGCAAGAGGCUGCUCGUCGGGAAGAGCAAGAAGCGGGAGCAGUGCAAGAUCAACCAGCUGUACCCGCUGACGGAGACCCAGUACUGCCCCUGCAACAAGUACAACGCCCAGCCCGUGGGCAACUGGUCGGACUGCAUCCUGCCGGAGGGGGGCCGCGCCGAGGGGCCGCUGGGCCUGAAGGUCCAGGGGGACGUCAAGGAGUGCGGCCAGGGCUACCGCUACCAGGCCAUGGUGUGCUACGACCAGGACAACCGGCUGGUGGAGACCACGCGCUGCAACAGCCACGGCUACAUCGAGGAGGCCUGCAUCAUCGCCUGCCCCUCGGACUGUAAGCUGAGCGAGUGGUCCAACUGGUCGCGCUGCAGCAAGUCUUGCGGCAGCGGGGUCAAAGUUCGCUCCAAGUGGCUGAGGGAGAAGCCUUACAACGGGGGUCGGCCGUGCCCCAAGCUGGACCACGUGAACCAGGCUCAGGUCUACGAGGUGGUGCCCUGUCUGAGCGACUGUGGUCAGUACGUGUGGCAGGCCGAGCCCUGGAGCGUCUGGAAGGUCAGCAACGUGGACCUGAAGGAGAACUGUGGCGAAGGCGUGCAGACCAGAAAAGUCAGGUGUAUGCUGAACACCAUCGAUGGGCCGUCCGACCAGGUGGAGGAUUACCUGUGUGACCCGGAGGAGAUGUCCCUGGGGGCUCGAGACAGCCGCCUGCCCUGCCCUGAGGACUGCGUCCUGUCCGACUGGGGCCGCUGGAGCGCCUGCCAACUGCCGUGCAGCGGGAAUCGAACUCGCGAGCGGAGUGCCUACCCUCUUCGCCAGCCUGGCCAGGACAAGGCGUGUCCGGAGACGACGGAGACGGAGGCCUGCAGAUACAACUCCAACUGCUUCCACUACUCCUACAACAUCACCGACUGGAGCACCUGCCAGCUGAGCGAGAGGGCCGUGUGUGGCGCGGGCCUCAAGACGCGCAUGCUGGACUGCGUCCGGAGCGACGGCAAAUCAGUGGACCUCAAGCUGUGUAAAGAGUUGGGCUUGGAGAGGAAAUGGCAGAUGAACUCUUCCUGUGUCGUGGAAUGCCCUGUCAACUGCCAGCUCUCUGAUUGGUCCCUGUGGUCUGGGUGCAGCCACUCCUGCGGUCUUGCAGGUAUGUAUUUAGAAUCCGUCCGGUUCCUUACAUAAGGGAGUGUUUGGCUUCCAUUGAUGCUAAGUCUGACAGACAGACAGACAAGAAGCCCCUGGACAAACAGAGUCUUACUCACUUGAUGUCGAACGCAAUAGACAUGAACAUCUGCAAUGUUCAAUAUAGAGGGGUUUGGGAUCAGGGCAUUGUCAACGACAGUGUCCCCAACACUGUCGUGCCUCAUUAGUCAUUCACCCCUCCGUCUUCACCCCCUCACUGGUUCUCUUACGGUAGCUUAUCUUCAUGUACUGCUUUCUAUACCAUGCGUGUUUGAUAGGAGAGCACUAGGAACUCUGCUUAGGGCAAAAGCAGAAAGCCCAUAACAAAUAUGGCUCUUGAAACCAUUAGGCGUUUUUUUUUAUGGCGUGAGAAAUGAUUGUG